GGAAUCCGGGAUUCCUGGGCCCGGCUGAGCAAUCGCCGCCCGCGUUUCCGCUCGUUCAAGGUCGAGUCCGAGGGCGCGGGCUUGAACCCGGGAGCCGGGAGCCGCGGCGCAGGAGUCCGCGCACUGCCCAUGGACUCGCCGGGGGACCCCGAAGGCCCACGCCCCCCAGGAGGUGAUGGCCCUCCAGGAGGUGCAAGGGAGACAUCCAGGCGGCUUUCAAGAGAACAGAUUUUUGUACUGAUAUCAGCAGCUUCCAUUAACUUAGGUUCCAUGAUGUGCUAUUCUAUCCUUGGACCUUUUUUCCCCAAGGAGGCUGAAAAGAAAGGAGCCAGCAAUACAGUUAUUGGUAUGAUCUUUGGAUGUUAUGCUUUGUUUGACUUGCUGGCAUCUUUGGUAUUUGGAAAAUAUCUUGUACAUAUUGGAGCAAAAUUUAUGUUUGUAGCAGGAAUGUUUGUCUCAGGAGGAGUUACAGUUCUCUUUGGUGUAUUGGACCAAGUUCCAGAAGGACCCGUGUUUAUUGCUAUGUGUUUUCUAGUGAGAAUAACUGAUGCAAUCAGUUUUGCUGCAGCAAUAACCGCAUCUUCUUCUAUCCUUGCAAAGGCUUUUCCAAAUAACGUGGCUACAGUAAUGGGAAGUCUUGAGAGUUUUUCUGGACUGGGCCUGGUACUAGGGCCUCCUUUGGGUGGCUUCUUGUAUCAGUCCUUUGGCUACGAGGUGCCUUUCAUUCUUCUGGGAUGCAUAGUUCUGCUGAUGGUUCCCCUCAACAUGUGUAUUUUACCUAAUUAUGAGUCUGAUCCAGGGAAACACUCAUUCUGGAAACUCAUCAUUUUACCCAAGGUUGCCUUUAUAUCCUUCGUCAUUACCUCACUCAGCUCAGGUUUUGGCUUCCUUGAUCCUACGCUGUCCCUCUUUGUUUUGGAGAAGUUUAAUUUACCAGCUGGAUAUGUGGGACUGGUAUUCCUGGGUUUGGCGCUAUCCUAUGCCAUUUCUUCACCACUGGUGGGCCUACUCAGUGAUAAAAUGCCACAUCUAAGGAAAUGGCUUCUCGUUUUCGGAAACUUAAUCACAGCAGGGUGCUACAUGUUCUUAGGACCUGCCCCAUUCUUGCACAUUAAGAGUCAGCUCUGGUUGUUGGUGCUGAUACUAGUCAUAAAUGGUAUCUCUGCUGGAAUGAGUUUAAUUCCAGCUUUCCCGGAGAUUCUCAGUUGUGCACAUGAAAAUGGAUUUGAAGAAGGAUUAAGUACCUUGGGACUGGUGUCAGGUCUCUUUGGUGCAUUGUGGUCAGUUGGUGCUUUUCUAGGACCAACGCUGGGGGGAUUUCUGUAUGAGAAAAUAGGUUUUGAAUGGGCAGCUGCUCUACAGGGUCUCUGGGCUCUGACAAGUGGACUAGUGAUGGGCUUGUUUUAUCUAUUGGAGCAUUCAAGGAGAAGAAGGAGAUCUAAACUUCAAAAUAUCCUCGGCACAGAGGAGGAACGGACUGCUCUCUUGCCUGAUGAAACGUAGCCCUACGUUAGGAAUCCCUACUGAUACGGGGCUGGGAGAUGGAUGCUCCUGGCCUUGAACUUCAUUGCUGGAAGGAUUUUCCUAAUUUUUACACACAAAACUCCAUGAACACCACACCAGCAUCCUGAAAUUGUUAACAUAGUUUUGGAUGAUCCUGUGUUGGGCUGCACAUACUGUUGUCCUGAAGAGCUGGCCUGCUGAACCAGCCGUAUUUGAAACCUUAAGUAUGCAAAGAGUUGUUGAAAAUCAACAAAAGUUUUUGGUUUUGAGUGACCAGACUUGGCCCUGAGGCUGUUACUGACUCUAGGUGUCCUGUUUCCUCUGUUUACUUUUUAUUCUGAGGGCACUGAUUCUGUGACUGUACCCCUUUUAUUAACAGGGAAAGAAAUGAAUUGAUUUGAUAUGCUUAAACAUAAUAUAAAGAUAACUCAAAAUAUACAGAAUAAUUACUGUGAAAUCAGUUUUAAAAAUAUUUGCUUUCUCUGUGUCCUAAGAUUUUUUUGUUUUUAUUCAAAAGGCAAAAUUCCAGCCUACCAUGGAAAAACUCUAUUGCAUACCCUGGCCAUCAGCUCUUCUAAAACUUUUGUUUGUGUGAAAGAUACAAGAAUAAUAUUACUUAACACUUCCAAUUUUGUAACAUGCUGUGAAUUAGGAUCUGGAUUUAUACAUAAUGCUUGGUAUAAUAUUAUUCAUUUCCCUUAA